AAGUAGGCUAGCAUAUUGCAUUUGGAUUAAAACCUUCAUGACGGGACAGGCACAUUUAGGUAAAUAAACAUCUUCUUGCGUUGCAAUACAAUUUUACAAAGGAGAAAAAUGACACAGUACGAGAACCAUUCAGUUCUUAUUUCGAACUUACUUGAUUACAAAGGAUAUGGAGGACAAAUGUUAUCAAUUAGAAGGGAAAUACAAAGUGGUAUUGAAGACGAUCUGAACCAAAAAACUGCUUCUUGUUGUCAAUUUUACACACUUUUAGUUGGGAGUAAAGCCGAGGGUCUUACAGCUCCCUUUGAGAAUGAUUUGGAUAUGAUGCAAGUUCUAAAAGACACAGUCUGCAAAGAACAUUCAACUUUAGUAGAGCACCAAGAAGAGCAUGAAGAAGAGCACCAAUUCAAACUAGUUUCAGAUCUUUCGCGCCCUGGUUAUUCUUUACUUCAAACUAUUCACAUUUGUGAUAGUCUUGAUACAGCCACACUACUUUACAAAUCGAUGGUUGAACUAGCUCCGGAUAAUUUAUACCUUUCUAGUGACUUUUUGAAAAAUGAAAUUAAAAAGUUACUCAUUGGAAUUUGUAAAUUGCCCGGAAAUCAAGGGUUUGCUAAUGUACAUAAUGAAACGCAAGGUCCUUCAAUAGUGAUAAACAAGUCUGAAACACCAAGUGAUACUGUGGUAGCACUUAGAUGCGAAUGCCCUAGCUAUUUAUUUGCAUGGAAAAGUAGAAAAAGGAAUCAUCAGUGGCCGCCUAUUGCAGUCGUAAGAGAAGUUUCGAGUUUAGAUUCACACGUGGUUCCAGUAGGACAUACGGGUAGCUGUUUACAAUCCUUAGAAUGGAGAAUAUGUUUCACCAAAGGUGAAAUAAAAUUGGUUCAUAGUUUGAAUGACUGUCUUACAAAAGUUUUAAUCUUGCUAAAACAAAUUGCUAAAGUCACUUUGAAACCUUUAAGUAAAGAUAUGUCUUCCUAUCUUAUGAAGAAUGUAGUAUUCUGGUUAGCUGAACUAAAUGACUAUGAUUAUUUUACUCAAGAUGCAUUGAUAGUUGCACUUAAAAAGGCACUGGCAGACCUGAAGAAGUUUGUUGUUGCGAACAAUUUUCCAAGCUAUAUGAUUCCACAAAGAAAUUUGCUCGAAGGCAAACUAACACACUCACAACGAAUUAAAAUUUGUAUGAGAAUAGACUCUCUUCUGAAGGAAGGACCAUACAUGGUCUUGAAAAUUGGAAAGAUCCGGAAUGCUAUCUCAAUGUGUUACAAGUCACCAACAGUAUUUAGUCGAAUUACAAUGAAAUUGCACGAGAUGCAUAUUAAUUUUUAUCUAUUCUUAAAAUUCUUAAUUCUCUCGCUACCAAAAUCACCACGUGUUCCCGAUGAUAUUGUUAGAAGUUUAUUUUCAAACAGUAUAGUGGGGAUUUUCUGGAUUAGAUUUAGUUUGUCUAUGUUGGACGUAGCACAAUGUUACAAAGACAUAGGCGAGAUUAAAUUCCUUGAUUGUAGUAAUGUAUUAUGUUAACAUACCUACACCAUUAUGUUAACAUACCUAAACAGAGAUAGACAAAAAAUAUUUGAAAAAUAUUCCUAUGAAGAAGCUUUACUGCAUUUUUCCCUUGAAAUUUCAAAAAAAAAUGUCCACCAUUAUAUAAUUAGGCUAGUCUGCUGAAUCUAAAAGCAGACUCAUUUACCCGGACAUGAUUUGCACACAAUUGCAACUUACAUUUUCUGUAAGAUUGUUGCCUGUAUAUUCUAAACCAAAAGUUUUCAAAAGUUCACUGCCGGAAAACUCCAAUAUACAUGAAAUAUACAUGUAGGAAGAAAACUGUUUUCUUCUUUAUAAUAGAUAAUUAGACAUUUUCUUUCAGUAUAGAAAGAAAGAUAUAUAACUCAUAUAUAAAAGUGCUAUUUUUUAAUUAUUCAGGUUAUCCGCCCAAAAAUUAAAAAUAUUUGAAGAUGAAUUUGAA